AUGGAUGACAUCAAUGGCUCCUCAAAGAUCCUUGAGGAGCCCAUAGUUGGAUCUUCGAUUAUGGAAAUGAAAAAACACUUGGCUCAAACCAUUGGUAUCAGUUUUCAUUAUGUUGAUAUUGUUUGUCUUGAGGAUGGUGUCAUUUAUGAAAAUGACAGGCAUAUUAACGGCAUUUCAAGACCCUUACAAGUUAUGGUUGGGAAUCCUCAGAGGAAAAUUCCUCGAUACUUAGUUACACCCGAGCCUGAUAUGAUCUAUCAAGACGUAAAUGACGAGGAACUUCGGCUAAAGAUGUCCUGUGGACACGCUAUUACACCUGACAACCUAUUCGGCCACAUGAAGCACACACUGAUGAGUGAAGUUAAACCAAGCGUUAACUGUCUCACAAAAAAUUGCGGAGCCGAGUGGAGCAUGCAAGAGAUUAUAAAAAAAGCCGACAUGACGGAGGACGAAAGAAUAUUUUUUGAGUGGAAAAUAUCGUUCAAUUUAAUAAACCAAGAAGUGGCAGACACCUCCGAAUGCCCAUUCUGUGGAAGUUUCUGUCAGCGGCAGCAAAAUACGUUACCUACAAGAUGUUCCAUCUGUACCCGAAAAAACGGAACAGCUUGCGAUUUUUGUUGGAGCUGCAAAUCUCCAUGGAUUGUUAAUCAUAAAUGCAGCAACCGAGAACUAGAAGCAAUUCAGAAAAUGUUGAAUGAUGCACCUUUAAAAACAAUCGACAUGUCACACAUUGAAGGUGUGCCCUCUAAACGAAUGUGUCCUGGAUGUCAGUGUUUGAUAGAGCAUAGAGAUGCUUGUAAAACUAUGACGUGCACAAAAUGCAAAACAGUAUUUUGCUUUGUCUGUCUGAAGGUUGCUAUUAAAGGUCAAUUACAAUGUGGAAGUUACAAUCAGAAAUGUGAAGUUGCACCUGUUCAAAGAGUACUUUAA